AGACUGUAAUUCUGUAAUAUAUCACAGUACCUCGUAAAACCGACACUAAAACCUCCCGGCCUACAAAUCACCGGUCAAAUUAUGAGUUCAUUGUAUUAUGCGAACGCUUUGUUUUCCAAAUAUCAAGCCGCAAGUUCGGGUUUUCCAACUGGGGUCUUUCCUGAGCAAACUUCUUGCGCAUUUGCGUCCAGUUCACCGCGAGCCAGCGGCUAUGUCUCGGGCUCUGGCGGCGCAGCCUUUUCCUCCUCUUCCUCCACACUGUCGGGACUGUACAAUAACGCAGGGAACAUGCCCACCCAGACCCACAGCGUGUAUCCCUCUGCGUACGGUCUGGGCUGCUCCCCCUUUGAACACUCCAACCUCUCCAUGAUGUGCUCCGGUGGUGAGCCGUCCAAGCUGACCAGCUGCGGCAAAGCGGAGCAGAGGCAACACGAGGACAGUUUACGGAUCUACCCUUGGAUGAGAAGCUCAGGUGCAGACAGAAAGCGAGGUCGUCAGACGUACACGCGUUACCAGACGUUAGAGCUUGAGAAGGAGUUCCACUUCAAUCGCUACCUGACACGCAGAAGACGCAUAGAGAUUGCUCACGCGCUUUGUCUCACGGAGAGGCAGAUCAAAAUCUGGUUCCAAAACCGGCGGAUGAAAUGGAAGAAGGAGAACAAGACCACCGGGCCUAUCUCCCCUACAGCUGACCCGCCGGGCGAGGAGGACGAGGAGGAGGACGAAUAGCGACGGUGAAAAGAGGAAUGAGCACUAUAUAGAUUUGGUAGCCUGUUAUACUAAAACCGUAGGGGAAAACCGUGUUCCCCAGAUUCUUACACUGAGUAAAACAUACAAUACUACCUACUAAGAUUAAGUCUAAUGCCACGUCUUGCUUCGUUAUAAGUACAGUGAAAUUGUAUAAAGGAAACCUUCGUUUCUAAGCGAUAGGCCUAAUAUUGUUGCUUAUAUUUUCAAAUAGAGAUAUAUAAUCUAUUGUGUUUUGCCGUAGACCUGUAAUACUGCUAAAUCGUUUGCGAAAAGUAGCCAAUACCUGAGAAAAGUGAUCGGCUCUGCAGCAUCCAUGUUUCUGUUUUCUUUCAUCUUGUUAUCUUCUGGAUGUAUAUUUUUUUUUUGACUAGCUGUAAGGGCUUUACAGCUCAUGUCAAUUGAUUUUACGCAUUGUUUUUUAUUCUUGACGUGUGGACCACGAGAUGUAGGAAUUUGUAUAUUUUUGUGUUGUGAGGGACUAUUUGUUGUUUGUUAUUCAAUUGCACAAGUGUUCUGUUGAUGUCAAUAAAAAUAAAAGUAAUCAAUGAUAC